AGCAAAAGUUCUUAAUGAAGUUCAGCUUACCCAUAUUGAGUUGGUUUUAUCUGUGGUAAGGGUCACAGUUUUGCUUUGUUUUUGCGUACUGAUAGCAGUUCUCUUGGGUCUCAUUUGUUGAAAGGGACAGGUACUUUUGAGCAGAGCGGGUUGUGCAAGCCCAGGGCCGUUCCGCCAGCAGUCGCCCUGCAUAGGGUUGAGUAGAAUGCGGUAGCGUGCUGGUGCUCCAUGGUGAGCAAAGAAAGGAUAGGCGGAUUACCAAGGGCCUUGGUCUGGUCUCAGUUCGUUUUUGGAGAAACUUUGUGCCUCGGCUGGGUUUUUUGUGGCGACUCCGCGCGGUACUACAAUUCCCAGCAUGCAAUGCGCGGGCCUGCUCUCUGCGGGGGCAAACUAGACAGACCAGGAAGUGUGGCUGCGAGAGAAGGGCUGGGACACGGUUUCUAGUACUGAGAUCGAUUUCUCAGGGUUUUGGCCUGCGCGAAGGACUAGCAAGCCGAACCCUGAGAAGUACCACUUCCCUCCUCAGACACAUUCCCGCCCUCUGGUCCGCUGUAGCCUCCCUCAUGGAUCGCUACCCGACUCGUUUCUUCCUCGAGUUUCCCGCGGGCACUAACCCUUGAAGAGGACCAACCGCAGCCGAGAGUUUUGCCGACCGGGCCAACCAGAGGCGAGAUGGAAGAGGCGGGGGUGGGAGCCACCACAGUGUCCAGGAGAGAGUCCAUUUCUCGCAUAAAGGGCGAGUCGCUCCUGCUGGGGCCCGGAGGGGAGCAAAGGAGCUGCGGGGGGUUGCGGAAGCGGAAGGACCCCUCGCCGCUCCGUUGGGGACCGCGGCGGGGCCGGGCUUACCUUUCAGCGGUCCCCUCCAGAUGUCCAACCCCAGCCUCGGCCACCAUGUCGCACCAGACCCCUCUGGGCACCUCAGUGCCACACGCCAGCUGCCUAGACCUGUGGAGGGAAAAGAAUGACCAGCUAGUUCGACAGGCCAAGGUGGCUCAGGACUCGGGUCUGUCUCUGAGGCGACAGCAGUUGGCUCAAGAUGCACUGGAAGGGUUCAGGGGACUCCUCCGUAGUCUGCGGGGGCUCCCUGCAGCUGUUCCUGUUCUCCCCUUGGAAUUGACUGUUACCUGCAAUUUCAUUACCCUGAGGGCGAGCCUGGCCCAGGGUUUCACUGAGGACCAGGCACAGGAUAUCCAACAGGGCCUGGAGAGAGGUGCUCCUCAAACCCGGAGCACUUUUGUGAUCUUUGGGCUCCUGCAGGAAGAGAAAAGGAGAGAUGAGGUCCCAACCUCAGCUGUAUGUGUGUCCUCUACAGUGCUGGAGACCCAGAAGCAGUUGGGGCCCAGACUGGAAUGUGGGCUCAGGGGGCUGUGGGACUCCGUUCUCCAUUAUUCCACCCUUCUCCUGGAGGUGCUCCCUGCCCUUCAUCACCUGGCUGGCCUGCAGGCUGCCGUCUGGCUAAGCACUGACUGUUUGGGGGACUUGACCUUCUUGCUGCAGACCUUGAAUGGCAACCAGAGUGAGGCCUCUGAGAAUCUGCUGCUGCUUCUGAAAACUUGGAGUCCCCCAGCUGAGGAGUCAGAUGCUCCAUUGACCCUGCAGGAUGCCCGGGGCUUAAGGGAUAUCCUUCUUACAGCUUCUGCCUAUCGCCAAGGCCUCCAGGAGCUGAUCACAGGAAGCCUGCCCAGGGCACUGAGCAGCCUGCAAGAUGCAGCCUCAGGUCUAUGCCCACGGCCUGUGUUGGUCCAGGUGUACACGGCUCUGGGGACCUGUCUCCGUAAAAUGGGCAAUCCACAAAGAGCUCUGCUGUACUUGGCUGCAGCCCUGAAAGGGGGAGCAACAUGUGGUCCCCCGCUUCUGGAGGCCUCUAGGCUGUAUCGGCAACUGGGGAACACAGCAGCAGAGCUGGAGAGUCUGGAGCUGUUGGUUGAGGCCUUGAAUGUCACUCAUAGUUUUGAAGCCCCUCAGCUUCUCAUUGAAGUAGAGUUACUACUCCCCAGACCUCACCCAGCCUCACCCCUUCAUUGUGGCACACAGAGCCAGGCCAAGUACUUGCUAGCAAGCCGAUGUUUACAGGUGGGAAGGGCAGAGGAUGCUGCAGAGCAUUACUUGGACCUACUGGCUCUGGUGCUGGAUGGCUCGGAAUCAAAGUUCUUCCCCCUGCCUUCCCCUCCAGGGCCUUGUAUGCCUGAGGUGUUCUUAGAGGCAGCUGUAGCACUGAUCCAGGCUGGCCGAGCCCAGGAUGCCUUGACUGUAUGUGAGGAGCUACUUAGCCGCACGUCAUCUCUGCUUCCCAAGAUGCCCCAGCUGAGGGAAGAUGCCAAAAAAGGAACCAAAGAGUCACCACACUGCCCAUCCUGGGUCUCUGCAACCUACCUGCUUCAGGGUCAAGCCUGGGUGCAGCUGGGGGCCCCAAAAGAGGCAAUUAGUGAAUUUAGCCGGUGCCUUGAGCUGCUUUUCCGGACCACACCUAAGGAUGAAGAACAAGGGCCUGCUUCCAAUGGUGAGAAGGGGUGUAUAUCAGAUGUGGCACUACAACAGCUUCGGGCAGCUGCCCUGAUUAGUCGUGGACUUCAGUGGGUGGUCAUUGGCCAAGAUACCAAAGCCCUACAGGAUUUCCUCCUCAGUGUGCAAAUGUGCCCAGGUAAUCAAGACGCUUCCUUUCACCUGCUUCAGACUCUGAGGAGGAUGGAUCGGAGGGAUGAGGCCACUGCUCUCUGGUGGAGGCUAAAGGCCCAAACAGAGUUGCCACAGGAGAAUGCUGCAUGGUCUCUCCCCCUGUACCUAGAAACCUAUCUGGACUGGAUUCAUUCCCCCGACCGUGAAACCCUUCUUGAGGAGUUUCAGACAUCUCUGCCGGAGGCUUGUGAUCUGUAGCUGCCACAUUUUAAAGAGCCUGAGCUGGGGCUCCAGUGGCCCAUUUCUCCAUGGGGAGGGCUUUCUGCUUUACUAUUCUUGAGCAGUGUGGGUGAAAUGGAUCAUUCCUGUAUAAGUCUGGCAUUGGAGAAGUUGGUAGGAGUCCUGCAAAAUUUGGCCUAGUUACUGCCAUUCUGGUUCCUUUGCCACCAAAAAGGCAUUAACUUUGCUUAUAACAUCUUUUUUCCUAUAUUCCUGUUAAUUGUGUUGAGUAAAAUGAAUAUUUAUCUCUU